AAUGAUUCCAAUGAUCCACUGCAAGCACCUUCAACUUCUUCAUCUGGGUAAGUUGAACUUUAUAAAAAUAAAUAGUGAUAAAUUUUGUUUCACAUAAACAGAUUUUAAAUAGUGUGUUUUAUUAUAAUAACUCCAGUUUGUUUUUUUCUAUUUACAAGAUUAUUUUUAAUUAAUGGAUUUGGAAGCUAAAGACAGGGACAGGUAUCUUUCUAUUCUUGUACUUAUAUGAUAAAAUUACUUAACCAUAUAAUUAAACAACAUAUGAACUAGUAUAUUGAGUUAUUGCUGUUUUUUGACAACAUGAUAGACAAAAAUUUCAAUAAUGUAUCCCAAUGUGUAUUUAGGGAUAAUGCUGUGCCACCGCCAAAGAGAGCAAAUCUCACUGAUAAAAUAGCCCCACAAGAUGCCGCUCAAAAUAUUUUGGCUUCCAUAUCGAAGAAAAAACAAGGUGUUCCCAACCAAACUUCAACCAAUCAACACUCAACAGCACAAAAUUCAAUAGGUCAGCCAACCAAUGUAAAAAUGUCUUAUAGAAAUUGUUAUAGUGCAGCAGAUCCAAACAGUAAAUGUCAGAUCAAUCUUUCCACCAUCUUUACUGCUGUUAUUUUCCUAAGUUUUGCAAAACCUCUCCCAUGUGAACACUUGGUAUCAAACAGACUCAGCUCAGAAGACAUAUUUCCAUAACUAUGAAUAGCUACUACAUUAACAUUAUUAUUAGUGCUUAACACUACAACAAGUUAUAUAAUAUCUUUGAAUUUUUGUUUUAGUUUUAAUCUAUUUCAUGUAUCCUCUAUCCCCAGCCACCCAAACUGACAUUUUGACAACUUUCCAUCGUAAUGUUCAUGAACUGAUGAUUAUAAUGACAGAAACUGAUCCUGGCAAUGUUGAAAAUAUAGAGGCAGUUGUUGCUAAAGUACUUGAAGGGCAUAGACAUUCAGCUGCCUAGCAUGUAUGUUUUAACCCCUGAUUUUCACUGAUAAGAAAUAUAAAUUCAUGUCAGCCUAUCAGCUUAAAAUAAUAUUAAAUGUAAUCAUUUUACUUAUAUAAAUUAUUAUUAAUUACUUGUCAUAAACAUUCCAAAAUUCUAAGACAAAGACACACAAAAAAGCAUGCGCCAAAAGUAACUGUUCUGAAAAGAAAAGACGCGCCAAAAGUAACUGUACUGAAAAUAAAAGGCAAACGUUAUUUCUUUGUUGUCAUCUGUAAAUUUAUUUCUCCUAAAAGAAACCAACAUAUAAACUAUAAGCUUGCUGAUUUACCAUAAUAUGCCUACCGUAAUGUAAAUGUGCUUAGUAUGCACCCCCUCAAACCCCCCCCCCCCCUGCUGUAGACCGUGUUCAUAAUUCAUAAUGUUCACUUAAAAUUUGAAACAUAUGGCUGCUACAGAUUCAGCAGAAGGAAACAAUUUUCUUGCAUAAUUCAGGCACUUAUGCACCCCCUCAAACACCCCCCCCCCCUGCUGUAGACCGUGUUCAUAAUUCAUAAUGUUCACUUAAAAUUUGAAACAUAUGGCUGCUACAGAUUCAGCAGAAGGAAACAAUUUUCUUGCAUAAUUCAGGCACAGUUCUUAGUGAAUCUUUAGUCGAAGACACUCCUUUAACACAAGUAGGCAUCAGUUGGCUAGGUACUUAAGGUACAGGGGAGUGAGGCAGGUGUGAGAAGUCAGUACUAUGAGAAAUAAUUUAUCCAGGAAAGUUUUUCUGCAGCAUCCCAUAUCCUGUUGAUACUACUGUCUAGUGUCUAUUCAUGUAAUGAUUCCUUGCACAACUGAACCUUCUCAAAUCCUGAAGAAAUUGUUCGAUCACCAUGCCAUGUAGUGUGACAGUAUGAGCAUUGCCUUCAUCUUCCUCAAUGAAAUAUGUGCAUAAUAUACCAUGUGCUGAUAUGGCACACCUUAUCGUCACACGUUCCCUGUAUAGCGGUUUCUGGACAGUAAAACCAAGGAAGGGACUUAACUGAUAAUUGAUGUAGCUGCACAAGUAAAUGUGAAUUUUACCCGAGAAGCACACAUUCCUAAACAAAUAUGAAUCAUUGUACACUUUGGCCAAAAAUGCUCCACAAUACAUCAAUACAUCAUCCUUGCUUGCAUAUCUGGCUCUGUCAAGCAUUGUCCAACCUUUAUCCAAAAAUGCACCUAUGUCCUUAGACAAAUGGUGAAUGGAUGUAUCGCUGAUGUUCAGUUUCAAAUAUGUUCCUCAUAGAUAUCAUAGGGGGAUUGUAGAACAUCCUGCAGAACACUUGUGAUUCUCAUUUGUCGAAACAGUCACUGACCAGACUUACCUUUACGUUGAGACAGUGCACUUCCAGAAUGGCAAAAUUUCUUCACAAUAUACUACACGGCAUAAGCGUGUUACUUGAUACAGUACCAUCUUUUAAAAUCUCUCUCAGAAUUAUUCUGCAACAUUUUUCAAAAUUGGACCCCCUUCCCAUUUAGUUCCUUAUGAGGGAAAAUAGUGCUCAACUAUGAAUUUUUAACCCCUUGAGCGAGACACAUUUUCAAAAACCCUCCCAACACAACUUGACACACCAGGGAGCAUGUGGUGGCUAGACCUGUGCACCUUGACAAACACAUGCACCCAUUCAAGAUGCUACAGUUUUUCUACUAUUACUUCUGGCGCACUGCAUUAAUGCAUUUUAGAAGUAGGUUGUAAGUAAAGGGAUUCAUCCAUCUUUUUAAAAAAUGUACCGGUAACAAAAAAAACUUUAUUUUUUUGCAUUCUUUUUUCAAGUUGUCCCAUACCGGGUACCUUGUUUUAAAUAUUUCCUAGAUAAAAAUUAACAUGAAUUAUUUACCCUGAAAUGGAUGUCAGUACUUUCUUUAAAUUUGUUAACAUUUAUAACAUGCACACUAAAGGAAAGAUGAUCUAAGCUAUUACCCUUAAAAAAUGACAGCUGUUUUCAUAAAUUUCAGAUGUGAGAUGAUCAAAACUCUCUAUUCUCUAGGAACUGAAAGAGUUAACCAAUAAAAAAAACGAUUUGUAAGCAUUGGCGCCCUAGUACAUAAAUGUCGGUAUUUGGUCAGCAUUAGUACUCUAUGAUAUAAAUGUCAGUAUUUUUGAGUUAAUACAAUCACAAGCACGAGCACUCAAAUCUCGAUGGAAAUCAUAAAUUAGCAUACAGUGUUUUUUCAAGGCCCAUUCGGCCAUCCCAGAGCACCCAGAUGCUUAUUUCCUAAUCCAGAUAUUUUCUGCUAGUGUCAUAAUAUAUUCACAUACCGAUUAUAUUGUGCAAGAAUUUGAUAUAAAAGAAAUAAAAUCAUUUUAAGAUAUGUAUAAUGGAUGUCAUUUUAACAAAAAAGUACUAUCUAUAGAG